AUGGCUUGUUCCUGGGUCUUGUUUGCAGUCAAGUCAGGCUCGAGCGAACUUGUGAGCCUCCUGUGUGCAGAUGGCUCUUUUACCGACACGCUCGACAGCUUCGUGCAACCAGCGCUGGAACACGGAGUGGAUGUCACAAGAGAGCUUCUGCGCCAUGGAGCCAGCUUGGACAAGUGCGAGGGGUUCCUCAUGGAGGCCGUCGAUCGGAAAGACCUACCUCUAAUCCAGCUCUGGGUUCAUGCAGAGAGCCAUAUUCUCUCUUCUCAUUUCCGCCUCGCCCUGCUGCGCUCGCUGGCCCUCCUGAAAGCGGACCCUGCACAAGAGAAAAUCAUCUCAUUUAUGCUCAGCAACAUUCCAUGGACAGACGACGCCCUUCAAAGUAUUCUAUUAUCUGCUGUCAAUACCACAAAUCCUCUAGUGGUCUCUUUGGUCCUGCUGGAAGCCUCUGUCCUGCUUGAAUCUACAAGUCAGCUCUUUGGGGCAAAUGCCCUCCCAAGCAUCAAGGAUGCCGUAUUUUCAAUCCAGACGCCCAGCAGCAGGACGCCAAUCCUGAACCUGCUUGUUAUUGCUGGAAUGGACGCCGACAGCCCUCGGCUACGCACCGAGCUUCUUGAUUCCCUCAAGGAGGAACGCUUUGAGGACAGCCUCGUACUACUACGGCAUGGGACGCGACAGGACAAGGGGGAUUUUCGGGCUCUCGAGUGGGCUGUCGAACACAACCUGCAUCAGAUUCUCCCUCAAAUCCGAGCAACAAGCGAGGCAGCAUCCCGAGCCUUGGGCAAAAUCCCGGCCGAUACUCCAGAGGAGCUUCAAAUCGAAACGGUUCUCGCUCUUGCAAAGAUGGGUGCUGAACCUACCUUUCUCUCUGAACGCCUGAUUCUUGCUGCGCAGAGCCGCCUACAAAGGUUGAGUAGCGUCCUCGUUGGUUGCGGAGCGCGGGUAGACCACCGGAAUGGAAGGGCGCUCGCCAUUGCUCUGCAACACAAAGAUUUUGGCAUGUUGGAUAGUCUUCUAGCCACAGAGUGUCCUGCCGACCUCACCCGCAGACUACUUCCGAAGGCCAUGGCUAUGAACCAUCCCGAAGAUCGAUAUCAAGCCAUGCGGAGACUUCUUCCGAGGAGUGCAACCGGUCCUGAGUUGGAUCAGUCUCUGUUAAAGGCGGUCAUGUUCGAGGGGGUUGCUCAAGAUGGCCGCCUGAUCCAACUUUUGUUGAAGCAUGGAGCAUCGUCUGAGUAUAUUGAGGACGACCAAAACUGUCUUUGCCUCGCGGUUCAGCGCCAAGACACCAGUCUUGUCAAAGGGCUGGUCCUGGCUUGCUCCUCCAAGAUUGUUCUCAACUCGGCCCUGGCGCUGAUACCUAAGAUGAUGAAGGUCAGGGUGCGCAAAGAAGAGAGUAGAGUCUCCAUGACUGUGGCAGUCCCUGAAAGCAAAGUUCUCGCGAUUCUCCUGGCCGUCUUGGCAGGCGGCCAUAAGGAUCUCGCCUUGGGGGAAAUUCUUGUCGCCUCUAUCGCUGCUGUAUAUUUCGACGUCACAAAGGCUGCUCUGCAACACCCAUCCAAGAUCCCCGACGCCGAUUUCGGCAAGGCUUUUGAAACUUGUUUCGAGUUCAGCAAUUUAGCUUCCUUAAAGCUUCUUUGUGGUAGUGCUGAUUUGUCACCCAAAACUCUCUACUCACAAGCUAUCCAUGCUCUAUCACAAGAUCCAUGUGACUGCAAUCUGCUAGCUGUUAUCCUAGAAACCUGCCGAAGAAGAGACGGCUUCCCGCUGGCCAACUUCUUGAAAAUACCCCAGCUGGAAGAUCACAGUCAACGCACCAAGCUGGUUCGCAUGCUCCUUGACAGCGGUGCGCGGGUCGCGUUGUCGGGAUGGAACCUCGUAUCCAAGGCUAUCAUCGAGGGCGACACUCCUAUGCUACUAACGCUGCUCUCUUCCUUGACGAUCUCAGACGAUGAGGAUCGAAAGCUGCUAAGGAAGGCUCUUGAGCUUACGUUAACGGACCCUCGUUGCACAACACCAGAACUGGGUGCCUCUACUAUUCUGAGUUUCGGCCGAGGCGCGGAUAUCGGCCAGCACGAUGCGCUCAUAUCUAUUUCAUCGCAAACGCCGACCAGCGCCCUAGAACUGACCAAAGUGCUGCUGGAGAAUGAAUCCUCAGUAGACUACAGGAAUGGGGCAGCGAUCAGCGCCGCCGUGUCAUCAAAGAACCUCACUCUCCUCAGAAUGCUCUUAGCCAAGAAGCCAUUAAUCAAGUCUCUUCACAAGCCAAUAACCAGAGCCGCUACAAUGGACUGCAACGAGGAAACCAGAUUUUCCAUAUUCCAGUUGCUCUUGCCUGCCGGGGUCGAGGUGGACGGGCUUGAUGAUGCUUUGCUUCCGUGUCUUCUAAGAGGUACAAUCUCACAGUCGACUUCCAAGCUUCUACUCGACCGGGGUGCAUCAGCUGGCAAAGCUCUCAAGCCUGUCAUCGAGGCUGGUCUGGUAGACUCACUUGGAUUGGCCCUCCAGUACGCCACAAGUUCCCCAGACGUCAACGAAGCUUUUGUAGCGGCUCGGAGUGCAUCCCUGGAUAAAAAGACGAGGCUUGAACUAUACCGCCUGCUGUUGGUAAGAAGAGAUGUGGUAUCAGCCACUAAUCUGGGGCAUGCGCUGUUUGAGUCUGUGAAAAGGGAUGUCUGGUCAACGGACAUACCGCGUCUUCUUCUAGAGCACGGAGCGUCCGUAAACUAUGAGAGCGCUUUGGCACUACGCCUAGCAAUCCUAGCAAAAUCGGAGGCCAUGACAAAAUUGUUACUGGCUGGUCCACUUGGUCCUGAGUCUGUGGAGGCCGCUUUCGACGUCGCGGUAACUGCCGAACUAGCAGAUGACCAUCGCAUGGGAUUACAUAAGAGCCUCCUCGAGAGAGGUGUAAGCUGCAAGAGCAAGACGAACGCCCUUUUCCGUGCCAUUGAGAACGGGAAAAUCGACUUGGUUGAUCUUCUUCUCUCCGCGGGCGCAGAUCCGGCGGCGAGAGAUGUCGAUGGACACACGCCCCUCUUCAAUGCUGUCAAAAGACAGGCCUUGGCUAUCGUUUCCGCUUUGUUGCGGUGCAAUAUACCGAAAAAUGACUGCAGUCUGCAUUUAGCGGCUGAAAAAUGCCUCCCCGAAGUUGUUUCGCUUCUUUUAGAUGCAGGCCACGAACCUAUGUAUCCCUCUCCGUCAGACGGAUCAACUCCCAUUUCUGUCUUGUGUCGGGCAGGCAAGGCGACCUCUGAGACGCCUUCACGAUUCACAACAACCCUUCAGAGGCUGCUUCCUGUUAGCGACCUGAUUUGGAAGCAGGGAGGCAAGUCGAUUCUACACUUUGCCAUUGAGAAUAGACACGACCCCCUGGCAGCGGUGAAUCAGCUUAUCGAAGUCGGUGAGAUCUGGAGACGGCCACAAAAGCAGGAUGAGUACAUGUACAUCAAUGACUCGGAGUUGUGUUACUCACCAACCAUGUACGCCAAGCUAUUGUGCCCAAUCCUGCAAGAGGGCACACGGCGGGCAGUUGUUGAUCGUCUAGAAGCUGCCGGUUUCACUGAUAGGUAUUUUGCGAGGGUCGGGGGACAGCCUCCUAGCGCCUGUGGAUUUUCUCCAGAAGUGGCCGCCAGGGUACAAGAGGGACUUCAGGCUGAAUGGGACAUGCGGGAGAGUAUGAGAAGGGCAGAGGAACUCGCAAAACACCAAGGACGACUCUUGGCCCAAGAACACCAAAUCGCUCUUGUUCGGCAGACAGAGUUGGUAAAGCUGGCGGAAAGGGCCAAUCUUCUGAUGGGAGAGGCUCUUUCGAGACAGAAGUUACUGGAAGAAGUAAGAGAGGAAAUGAAGGAUGCGGAUGAGAAGUGGCUGGGGAUGAUGAAAGAACAAAAGGACGCCAUGGAAACGGUGAUGAAGCUGGCCGUGAAGCAAGAGUCGUCUUUCAUGAGUAGGAUUGAAGAGGCUCGGGCGGCACGAUGGAGAUAA